AUGGCAACCGCAACAGUUCUCGCACCUCAGGCCGUCACCACCAUUCUAAAUUACCACCUUGAACCCGAGCGCGGUGGAGAGACCGUGUGGUGUCCAGGGACCGUCCGUGACAAGCGUCGACCGCACGAGCAUGCAGAGGUUAGGGUUGAGAACAUGAGAGGAUUCGAGGAAGAGUUCACCCUGGACAAGCAGGGUUUCGCUGUUGGGCCGUUCGACACGUCCGUGGCAGAUGUCCAGGACGAUGCCGAGUUCAAGGGACAGUACUAUCAAGACGUGGUCGCACAUCUGAAGAAAGUUACCGGGGCAUCCAAGGUCUUGCCUGUUGUUCACAUCACCCGUCGACGCCAAUGGGACGAGGUCGCCGAGGCCGAAAAAGACUUGCCGGACAACGCGCCGGUGACAGCUCCCACAGCUAACCGCUCGGUCCACGUUGAUCAGUCGUACUUUGGCGCCGAACUCGUCCGCGACAGCAAAUUGGAAGAACUUCCUGCUUCCGAGGCGGAAAGACUCAAGAAGGUUCGCUGGGCCAUUAUCAACCUCUGGCGACCGCUGAACCACGUAACCCGCGACAAUAUGGCCCUCUGCGACGCCCGGACCGUGGCAGAGAACGAACUCGCCGCCGUGUACGCGGAUCUGCCGGAGGAACUCAGGAAUGCAAAGACGGGCUACAACUUCGCUGCCAAAUCCCGCUCCGAGGCAUGGGAGGUCAAAGCCAACACGGGUGCGCACAAGUGGUAUUAUGCUUCGGGCAUGAACCCCAAUGAGGCCCUGUUGAUCAAACAGUUUGACUCGAAACCCCAUGGGGUGGCAAGGCGGACACCGCACUGCGCCUUCUCGGCCAAGGAAGAUCAUGGCCCCGUCAGGCAGAGCAUCGAGGUCAGGUGCCUUUGUUUCUGGGAAGAUCAGCCGCAGGAGGAAGCGUAG